AUGGCUGCAAAAUCCCUGAACCUCGUGGCGGAGAUGCAAGGGCUGGGCGGUGGCAGCGCUGCCUCCGCCGCGCCCGCUAUCGGUGACGAUGCGGCCACGCAAGUUAUUACAGAGACUUUCUUCAAUGCCGAGAAGCAUUUAACCACGCUUGAUCCAGUGGAACCAGGGCCCGCCCACACGCUCGAGAAACGUCCAGACUUCGUGGUGGGGGGCUUCGCCACGGGCGCCAUGGAGGAUUUGUUAGUGAAGAAGCCUGGCGAGAAGUUCAUGGCUGUCUUGCACGGCCUACACGUGGCCAGCGCCAAGAGUAAGUUCUGGGUGGCGAAAGUAUUGCUGUUUCUGGACGGCAGCAAGGGCUUCAGCACGCCCUCUGUGCAGGAAUGCAUGGACUAUAGAGCUACAGUUCUCGAGAGGCACCCGGAUUUCAAGAUCAUAGGCUGGGCUAGAUGCUGCCACGAUGCCUCAGUUUGCGAGGAAGACUUGGUCUUCCAGGCGGACUUCCAGCUCGUGGACCCCGAGGUGAUUGGAAUUGUGUUUGGCGGUGGCUCUCGCAUCGAUUUUUUCCAAGUCGACGAUUCCGUGCAGCCCGUGGCCCAGAAACCCGUGAAGGUCAAGCUGGAGACGAGGGGUGCUCACGCGAGGGGAAGAGUGCUACACACGAACGCGGUCACCGAUCCCAUACACGAGUUGGACAAAUGCUUGGAUAGGCUGACUAGCAUGGAGUGGCUGCUCGCCUCCAAAGCUGCACUCGCCAAGAAGAGG